GAGACGUUGAUCAAGAGACAGCAUCAUGGAGAGACUAAGCAUCAUUCUCUCUCUCAUCUUCCUGUUGAAGAUACUGCAGCCUGCUCUAUCAAUUGACCUUUGCUAUGACUGUUGCAUGUACCAAAAGGGCACAAAAGAAUUCGAUGAAUGUUGCAAGAGAAUGAAUUGCAUUCCUGACUGUGACAAUAUCAUUUCAGACACUGGCAUCUUCGCAAUCCGAGAGGAGUGUACUCAGUCGCGGAGGUGUUGCAUGCACCCAUUCCUGUCGAAGGAGUUCAAUGACUGCUGUUCACUCUUUGGUUGCUGUCCCUUGUGUAGCAGAGAGCCUCAUGGCUGUUGCUAUGGGCAGCAAUUGAAAGGCUGGGGCAAGAUUGUUGCAACAUUCAGCGAAACAUGCAUGCAGUUGAAGUGUGGUGCCAGUGUUAGAGAUACGGCACCCUACGUCACCCCCUUUAUAGUGCCAUACUUUCUACCCCCGAAGGAAUGUAAAUCGAAGCCCUGUUGCCGACCCGAGAACCCGUACUGCCUGGACGAGCGCGGCGCCGUGCACCAGGAAGGCGACGAGUGGUACGACGCCUCCAAGUGCGAGCUGAAGAAGUGCCAAAAGGGCGACGUUAAAACCAGGCCUUCGCGGAUGCCCUGUCCUGCCCCAUCGGUUGACUCAGGGCACUGUCGGCGGCUCGGGAAAGGGUGCUGCCCCUACUACGACUGCGGCCCCGAGAUUAAGUGCCCGGCCUCUGACCAAUUCGACAUAGUCUGUAUCACAUAUAACGACCAGUGCAAUAAUGACACCGAUUGCGCGGGGAACCAGCAGUGUUGCCUGGUUGGAGGCUGCGGGAAACAGUGCUUCAGCCUGUGUGAAGACACCUCCGGCAACUUCCACGGUGUCCUGGAGACGUGGCAGGAUACGGACGACCCUUGCGUGACCCACACCUGCCUUCGAGACGGCAGCGUCGCCUCCGCCAGCCUGGCCUGCCUCGCCUGCCCUUCCGACCCCGGGGACUGCGCCCUGGUCAGACCCGAAGGCGAUUGCUGCGCGCGGUGGAACUGCUCAAAUCCUUUCGCUGCUCUUGACACAGCAGACGACCCGAAUUGUGUCUUUCCACUGACGCUUCCUUAGAUCGAGCAAGAAGAAGGAGGUGGAGAAGGAGGAGGAAGAAGAAGAAAAAAAGGAGGGGGAG